AAUAAUUUCUGUGAAAUUCAAAAUUUAAAUUUCUUUAUUAUUUUGUUAUGUUAACUUUGUUAAAAUGCCAGUGGAUUUACAUAGGCUCAUACAAGGAUGGUUGGAAUUAGAAAGCGAUCCUGGUUUGUUUACUUUACUUUUAGAAGAUUUUGGAGUAAAAGGAGUUCAGUUAGAAGAGAUUUAUGACCUUCAAAAACCAUUAGACAGUCCAGUUUAUGGUUUUAUAUUUUUGUUCCGAUGGAUUGAGGAGCGUCGUAGCCGCAGAAAAAUUGUAGACCAAACUGAUAUAUUUGUCAAGGAUGAUGACGCUAUUAACAGUAUAUUUUUCGCUCAACAAAUGAUACCUAAUAGUUGUGCUACUCAUGCCCUGCUGUCUAUUUUGCUGAACUGUUCAGAUAUACAUUUAGGUGAGACAUUAGGACAUCUUAAGGAGCAUACUCGAGGUAUGAACCCAGAAAAUAAAGGUUGGGCUAUUGGCAACACUCCUGAAUUAGCACGAGCACAUAAUUCACACGCUAUGCCUAAAAGUAGACCACGUAUGGAUAAAACACCAGGCUUAACAACUGGGCGAUUUACCGGUGAAGCAUAUCACUUUGUCAGUUAUGUGCCAAUAAAUGGUCAUUUAUAUGAAUUAGAUGGAUUGAAACCGUAUCCCAUGGACCAUGGACCAUGGGCUGAAGAUGAAGAUUGGACUGAAAAGUUUAGAAGAGUUAUAAGUGAUCGACUUGGAGCAGCUGCUGAAUAUAGUGAUAUACGAUUCAAUCUAAUGGCUGUUGUUCCUGAUAAACGAUUGGCUAUUACUCACAAAUUAAAUAUGCUCAAAACAAAUAGACAAAUUGUAUUAGAAGCUUUACAACAACUUGUAUUAGUAGAUGACUUCGAAAAAAAAAGAAAAACCAAUGAUAAUGAUCAAUCGCCAAAUAAAUGUGUUAAAAAAGACAUUUCACCCAUUCCUGGCACAUCAAAAGACUAUAAUGAAGAAAAGACGUGUCCAGAAUCAAAUAAUAUUGUAGUAAUUCAUGUACAAUCAUCAAGUGGUGGGUCAGAAGGUGAUGGAAAUCCAAAAGACAUAAAAAGUGUAUGUCUAGAAGCAGGAGCUAUGCCUAAAGGAUGGGAAACUCCUUCAAGUCAUUCUUCAGAUAAAGAGGAUAAUAAUGAUCAACCAUUGGAAAAUAAUUUAAAAUCUAAUCAUACUUUUUCUCCUAAAGACCUAUUAGCUCUAGUGAAAAAUUUAGAACUUGAAAUAAACAUGAGUGAAGGUAUCUUACGAGAAGAGAAUGAAAAACGUAAUAAAUAUAAAAUUGAUGAUUGUCGACGUACACACAAUUACGAUCAGUUUAUAUGUACAUUUUUAACUAUGUUAGCCCAAAAAGGUAUACUACCUGAUUUAGUACAACAACAUUUGGGUGCACAAAAAAAAAAUACUAGUGCGCAGCUUUCACUUUCUGUACAAUCUCAAUCUACAAAUCAAACACAGGUGAAAUCAAAAUCCAAUAAAACAAAUUCAAAAAGUAAUACUUCGUCAACUACAACAAGACUCAGGACAAAACGCAAGACAGCUACUAAAAAAGGACGUAAAUCAUGACAGGUCAUUAUUAUUACUCGAGAAUAUUUCACUUGAGUGUUUUAUGUCAUAUUGGUGGAAAUAAAUCUUUAUACCUAUUAUAGGUAUUUUGCUAUUUAUAUUGUUAUAAUACAUCACUGCUAUUAACAUUGUUAUCAUUCUAUAGUUUUUAAAUAUAAUAAGCAAUUUAUAACAUGUUUAAUAGCUUUGUCGUUAAACUAAAACAUACUAACUUAUUUUAUAUUAGUCAUUAAUAAUACCUUAAAGAAUUUGAAUUGAGUGGUUAAAACUAAUAUUUGCUGUUCCUUUUGAAAAAAUCUAUGGGGUUAGUGAUGAAAUUAUGAAUGAAUUCAGAUUCAGUAUGAUUCAGUUGAAUAAAGAUCUCAAAAAUCAAAUAAUAUAAAUGUUUGAUUGUUGCUGUUUGAACAUUUGGAUGUUAUUAAGUACUUAUUGUAGAUCACAAUUCACAAGUAUUUUAAUUUAUUUAAUUAAAAUUAAAUGUUUCAUUUACAGCAUUAUUCCAAAUGUUAUCAUAAGGUUAUUAAAGACAUUUAUUGUUAUUUGGAAAAUUUGUAUCCACAUAAAAUUCUAUUUAUUUUCUUUACAAUGUAAAGAUAUUUCUAUGUAUUUUAAAUUUUGAGCAGGAGUGAAAAAACUGAUGGUUUUAUUUCAGAAAAUAUUUCAUUUUAGGACAAUAUAAUAAGUUUAUUGAAUUCUUUAACAAUUAAAGGAUAAUAUUUCAAUCACAAUAGUAAUAUGGUUUUUGAAAAAUUUGAAAGAAAAAUAAAUAUUUUCAUUAAAUUUAUCAAGUUAAUACUAAUAUUUUAAAAUUGUACAAAUGCUUCAACAUUUUCAUAUGAAUGAUUGUUUAAUAAGAAUUUUGUUUUAUAUUUUAUUUUGUAUUACAAAAUUUAAAAAUCGCCAUUAUAUCACAAUCAUAAUCAAAUGAAUUGAAAAAAAUAAAUGUAUACAAUUAGGUAAUCAAUUUCAGUAUUACUCAACCAUAUUAUUAUAAUUAAAAUAAGUUAAGGUUAAGGACAAAUGAAGUUUCAGUUUAAACGUAAAUCUUUGCUUUAAUUGUAUAAUUUUAAAAAGCAUGAUACACCUACUCGAAUCUUAUAAAAUUCAUUUAAAGAUCUCUUCAGAAUGGUUUCCAAAUUUCUAUCAGUAAUCAUGAUAAUCCAUUACAUAUAAUAUAAUAUUAUGCCCACCUUUAUUGUAUCAUCCACUUAAAAUAUUGGCAAUCCAAUAUAAUAUUCACUUUAUUAAAUUAUAUUAUUUAUUAUUAUCUCUUAUUUUAUUUUUAUAUUAAUUUGCAAUAGUCUUAUAAUAUAUAUAUAUUUAUGUUUAAUACAUAAAAUAUAUAUUGUAAUUAAAUUUCUUACAACAAUAUAAACAUGUUGUGUAUAGUGGUAGAACAUAAAACCGUAUAAUUAAUUUAUACUUUGCUUUGCAUUAUUUAGUUGCCUAUCUUAUAAAUGCACUCAAAUAAAUGCUUAUUAUUUAUUAAUAUAAAUUCUUUUAGAUCAUUAUUCAUUAAUAAAUUAUAAUAAAUAAUUGUUUAAGAAUUAAUAAAAGUAGUAUAAAAACUAAUAAUAAUUUAAUAUUUUUGAUGUGCUGAUUGAAUUUUUGACAAAAAUGUUCAAAUUCUUCUGAAAUGGAAACAUGGAAACUGAUUAAUUUGAUAAAAUACACUUAAUUUCAAAAUAUCAAAAGCACAAAAUAAAUAUUAAAAUUACAUUACAAUAAAACCUCAUUAAUAUAAUUCUUGUUUGCCUGUACUUUGCUUUAUACUUAUUAUUAGUAUUUUCAUAAAAGUAAGAUUAAUUAAAUCAAUUUUGUGAACUACUCAGUUUAAAAAUUAAAAAACGUCUUUUUCCACAUUUCUUCAAAGUUCUGCAUGCUAAGAUUAUUUGAGAUAUCUGCGUGCAUAAAUUACCAAAGCAAUAAAUAUUAACAAAAGAUACUGUAGUUUUAAAAAAAGUUAUUAUUAAUUUCAUAUAAGAAUAAAAACAUUUUUUAUUCAAAUUAAAAUAAAUAUUUUAUCCAUGUUUUUCUUCAUUUACCUAUAAAAACAUUUUAAAAUAUGAUUUAUUAAAUAUACACAAAAAAUAUCUAAACUUUAAAUACCAUUUUAAUAUUUCUUGGUAAUUUUUUAAAAAUAUUUUAGUUUCUAUUGUUAAACUAUUUAACAAUAGUUUAAAAAAAUAAUAAGCAUGAACUCAUAAUGUUAUAAAAUAUUUUUAUCAAAAGAAUAUUUCAUCUAAAUUAUUUGUUUUACAUUAACAAAUAUUAUAAUAUUUGAUCAUAUAAUCACAUUAAUUUUAGGGCGCUAUUAUUUUAAGUUAAUGAUGUAUGAUUUAGCAUUUUAAAAUAAUUAAAGCCUAAAAUAUAUAUUUUCUCAAAUAAGUAGGUAACCUUUUUUCACUUGAAUUGCCUUUUCACAACAUACUUAGAUUAAUUAAUACAUCGAUAGUGCGUGUGCUAUUUAUUAUUAUAUUAAUUUCCGUAGUUCUCGAAAGUAUUAUUCUUAAGACAUACAAUAUAUUUCCCUGGCAGAUUAAUUUGACGAAUGCAAUUAGCUUGUUGAUCAUUGAUUAUUAGCUAAAGAUUAUUAUAGUUGACUUUAUCUUAUUUAAUAAUACCUACAGUUCAACAUAGUUUCGUAUGUCCACCGCUACCAUAAAUAACACGUUUACGUACAUAGGUACUACAUGAUAUUUAAAAUUAACGUUAUUACUGAAAAUGUUAAAAAAAUUUUAAUUGGGAUGGAUUUAAGUUUAUAUCUCAAAAAAACUUAGUUAAAUGUUGGACGUGCACUAAAAAAAAAUGUAUUCAGUUUAUUUAAAAACCAAUCAACUUAAUGUAAUCCAAUUCAAGAAUUUUAAGCUUAUUCACUAUUGUGUGAAAAACUCAAGAUCAACAGACAGAUACUUCAAUAUUAAACAAAACACUUUUGAACUUCCAAACGACUAAAAAAAUUAAAACAAAUAGUUACAUUUUUUUCUUAACUUAUAUUUUUAACUAUAAAACAUUAUGAUAUCUUAUCUAAAUUUUUUAUUGAUUGAUAUUUUUUAUUAUUAUUUACUUCUCUAUUCAUUUUAUGUUACAAUAUUUUAUAGGUGUAUAAUUAUUUAUAAUUAACUUAAAUUAUUGACUAUAAAAGAUUAUAAUAUUUCAUAUCAAGACCGAUUGAUUAUUUUUAUAAGAUUAUGUACUUUAUAACCUCUAUGCAUUAUUUUUGUAGUGUAUGCCCUAAUAAUUUUUUUAAUUAAAAAAAAAUAAAUUAAUGUUUGUAAUUUAAACUAGAAAACGAUUAAUUAUACUAUCUGAAACGAUUCCAGUACAAGAAAAUCACUAUCUAAAAUAAGAGGCAAUUCAAAUGAAUGAUAUUUCUGAAAUCGGGAAGCAAUAAUUCGAGUAACAUUAAAAAAAAAAAAAACAUUAGAGGCAAUUUAUGUACGUCUAAUAAUAGAAAACAUGAAAAUAGCUAGUAUAACUAAAAAAUAAGUGAGGAACAAAGGCUUAAGGAGGCGUAGGAUAAGGAAGCAAACUUUUUAUAGUUAGGAGUUAAGAUCGAAGAGAAAAAAGAAUAUUGGAAGAACCUAUUGAGCUUAAAGACAUAAAUAGGAGCAUUUUUUAAUAUCAAUAAAUAAUAUUUCCGUAAAUAUUUGUAAUUUUUGCGGGUUUGUUAUUUUUAUAUAUCUUGCUUAUAUACUAUACAAAAAAAAUACUGUGUUUCAGCAAUAUUUUUUUUUAGUAGGUGGGUAUUUGCGUAUAUGAGGGCAAUCACUCACACCUAUUAUUAUCAAUACUCAAUAUCCAUAAAUCCAAAUAUUGUUCGAUUUAAGUACUACCUAAUAAACAUAUUUUCAGAAAUAUGAAAAUUACAUUAAUUAAAAAUUAAAAUAAUCGUCUUUUUUUAAAAUGAUAUAACUCGAUAACAUUUUAUGAAAUAAGGGAUUGGGAGUUAAAAUAUAUUAAUUAUGCAAAAAACAAGAUAAACACAAGUAGUUAUAGAUGUUCAAAAUUUAAAAAAAAUUACGAAUAUUACGAGAGAUAUAGACUGAUUCACUCCAUAACCGUGGAAUACAGUAUGUAAAAUAAUGCAAUUUAAAAAUACUCAUAAAUCGCUUAAAAAUUAAAAUAUCGCCAAACCCCCUAAUAUAUUUAUCUAAGGAGGAUUCCGCAUUGGGAAUUCUAGAUCAUUAUAAGUUAGGUCAAUUUAAGACCAAAUCUAAACAAAGAAAAAAAUUUAAAAUAGACGGUAUUCAUGUUAUAAAAAAAAAAAAUUGAUAAUUUCGUCCGAUCUGAUGGGAAGAUUUAGCUUUUUUUUAUUUAUUAUGUGUGGAUCCCGUAUAAAAUAAAAAAAUUGAAGAACUCUUUCAAAACAACAAAUUUAUCCCCGCUCAUAUACAUAAGGUUAAACUUCCCCCAACUAACAUAUUUAAUCAAUCUAUGCCACUCUAUAAAAUUAAAUAAAUAUUUAGUAUUUUAUAAAAUAACUGAGGAUUUUAUUUUCAUUAAAAUUAAAAUAUCAAAAAGUAAUCCCCGCAAAAUCUAUGUAAGAAGUUUUAGGCAUUAGUUUUUCUUAAUGGAACUCGCGGUCCUUUUUUUAACAGUCAAAAUGGACAAAAUGUAUGAAUUAAAAAUAUUAAAUAAAAAAUUAUUAAUACAAAGUUUUUAUUAGAGUCUGCAUGAUACUGCACAUCCAAUAUUUCGUAAUUUACGUAUUUUUUACAGCACACAAUUUAAGUCUCUCCUUCAAAUUAAUAGCAUAUUAAUAAAUAGGUAAACCGAAUUUAUGUAAUAUAUUUAUUAAUAUAAUAUAUUAUACUAAAGUUUUGUUUGAAAAUAAUCACUUUAUAUAAUGUAUACAAAUAUUAUACAUUUAUUAAUGUAAAUAAUUACUAAUCUAUUUAGUAAUUUAUAUCCCAAAAUUAGAUAAGUUUAGCCGUUUAUUUUAAGUUAAUAUUUUGUUUUAAAUUCAAGAAUAAUCGAAUAAUUUUACAUUAUGUAUUAAUUUAAUUUCAAAAAAUAAUUAAAUUAAUGGAUACUGUAAAAAUUAUAAAAUUUCUAGUUUGUACAAUAUAUAUUAUAUAUUUAGUAUACCUAAUUUAUAUAUUACAAAAAUAUUUUAAUUUUUUUUUAAUAAUAUAUAUAAUAUAUCUUAUAAUGUAACCGUAACAUUAUUUCUACUGCAUAGAUGUACUAAGUUGUAUCAUUGUAUUUUUUUUUUUUUUUUUGUAGUUUAGUAUUAAUAAUGUUUAUCAUUAACAUUUUAAAAGUUCCUUGAUUGAUCGUUGUCUUUAAAGUUUAAAUUGUACUUCGGGGCCCGAAUCCCUAAUGACUACGUGUUUUCUAUUUUCUGGUGUUGGUAUGUUAUUAUUUAUACUUAAUGAACUACGGAUUCUUUUCUUUCGUUAUCUGUGAUUUUAUUUUAUUUCGCAUAAAUCUUUAUUAAAUUUACUCUUAGACUAUACACUUAAGGACGCGCACACACGGCACACACACCACACACAACAUACACAUACACACACGCGCACGCAUACACACACUACACAAAACACACAUUUCCCCCCAAAUGAAAUAAUUUGGGCCGUUAAACAAAAGUAAGAAAAACUAGUCUAUAAGAGAGUAAUUUACCAUCUAGUGUCAAGUCAGUUGUGCGUGUAACAAGAUACCUGUUAGUCUGUAUCCUUGUGGAAGGUCUUCCGAGUAUCGUUAAUUUUUUAUUUCGUAAAAGAAUAAUUAUUUUAUUAUAUAUAGAUUGCAAUUAAAUAAAUUACGUUUUAUAUUCACAAAUCAAUAAGUACUUAUAUAAUAUAUUUGAUAUAAUUACAGAAUGCAAUUUUAAUUAUUAUAAGUGUUAAGUUGUUUUUUUUUUCAAUAAAUUAUUUUUAAUAAUAAAGAAAUAAAUGGUUUUUAA